AUGGCGGACGCGGUGGUGGAGCAACUGCAGGCCGAGCUGGACUUGAUUAACCACCAGCGAGAAGGCUUGCUGGAUGAGGAUGGUGCCAGUGCUCUCUACGGCCGUGUACAAGAUGGGUUUGCGGAGAUUGAAGAUGCCUAUGAUCUUCUUGAGGAGGACGAUCAGCUAGAGGAUGAUGAGCGCCAGCGCCUCUUUGACGAGCUCGAUCGGAUCGGCAAUGAAUUGGAUGAUAUUGCCGUGACCUUUGAGCAAAACUUUCCGCAUCUUGCGGCACCUGAAGAGGAGGACGUUGCAACGGCCGCCAGUGCCGGCGCAACUCCGCCACCCGGCGCUACCCCAUCCCCGCUGGCGCCUGCGGCCUCGACUCCAGCACCGGCACCCGCACCAGCACCGACUCGCUUGCGUGUCGUCGCUGACUACGCGGGUGAGGGUCCGCCAGAGCUUCCAGUUAUCGCGGGUCAGCUUUUAGAGCUACUGGAGGUGGAUCAAGGAAAUGGAUGGACCUAUGUCACCACUCAGGAGGGUCGCGCAGGCUAUGCACCUACAUCUUACCUUGAAUUUUUGGAUGGUAUGCCUGGAGAUCGGCAGUCCAUUAUGCCGGCGCCCAAAGCAGCGCGCAUGUCCAUGGUUGGGCGUUCUGCACCACAAUUAGACACAACGGUAGCCGCGCAACCACAUCGCUCCCCCUCACCGUCCACAGGGUCCGAAGGCUCCAUCGCCACGGGUCCGCCGCCGCCCGUGGCCAAGUCGGGGGAGACAGCCGUGCGCAUGGCACAAGAGCCUCCACCAUCAGCUGCCCCCUUGAACCCCAGAGCGCCCGCGCGGGCUUCUGCGCCACCUGCUGACGCCGCUGCGCGUUUGCUAACACCCGGCACAGCCAAUACACCCAAUACGGUCUUCUUUCCCGCCAGCGAGACAUCGCGUCCCAGCACACGUACGGCCAUGGCUCGCUUGGCCGCAGCGGCGGCCGAUAACGAUGGUGCCAGCGAGGGCCUGAGUGAGCGGGACCGGGCGUCCUUGGUUGCCCGGAGCCAGCGCAAGUCACGUCUCUCCGUUGCUGUAUCCUCGGUGGCUCAAGACAUGGAUGCCGGGAUGCAGCAUGUACCAGAAGCCUUGGCCAGGGCUGGUUUUCGACCAUCUCUUAGUGCAGAAGCGCGAACGCACACGGAUCCACUGGCGCUCCUUGGCUUGCAAACUGAUGAUCUGGGCUUUGACUAUACCCAUUUUGCAUGGGACGAUCAGGGCCAGCUUAUCCCAGCUCCGGUUGCCUUGAGCAAGACGUUGAAAAUUCAAGACGCAAAACACAUCCCUGUCCCUCCGCUGGCGCGAGGCGUCACUAUUGAGGAGCGAGUGGUUUUGCUGAGCCUUUUUGACGGCGAGUCGUUCCAGUCCAACGUGGCCCAGUGUCGCGCAGCCUGGAGCGAGAAGAAGCCGACCACAUGGAAGUGGACGAGCUCGUCGGAUCUACCCGGCAGUUCCGAGGCUGAUAGCAUCUUCAUCAUGUGCAACGGAUGGGCACUGCUGCCGCUCUACGAGUCAAGCAGGGCCGUUGCGGCCAACAAAACUUACACUCUGACCUUGCAAGGCGGAACGCCAUUGGAACGUGGCGUACAACUGGGGAAUGAACGAAAGCCUCCGACAAUUGUUGUCAAACUCAGUGGCAUCAACAAGUCUGCGCAAGAGCUGUGCGACAGCAUCCCAUGCCCCAUCAUGACACAACUUAGCAACGUCACCUUCCUCUCCCUCUACCGCAACGCCCUUGUCACGCGUAUUGUGCAUCACCCUGAGAUCAAGAAUGAGGGCAUGCAGGCCAUUUUGCUCAGCUCGUUGCCGGCUCUGCUGGAUGAUCCCUUGAUGAUGAACAUGUUCAAGCGCGUGUGGGAUACAAGUCUCAAGCUAUUGAAAAAGGACAAGAAGCGCGACCCCUUGUACCUCACCUCAUGGUUUGAACUUACGUUUACGCAAAAUAUCUGGCCCUUGCUCCACGUCGAGAAUGUUCAAGCACCCUAUCCAGUCCUGGCCGGGCAUGGCAUGCAACGCGAGUACGAGCGUAAGCGGGAAGCCUGGUUGCGACACAUGCUGCAAAGCGACAACUUGGCUGAUAUGCUCUGCGACUACUCAAAUGGCCACGAAGACACGCACGCACACGAGGCGUUUGACAUUGCCGAGGUCUACUAUCGUGCCUGCCCCGCCACCUGAGCAUGACAUGGACCCCUACCUCUAGCAUAAACGACGACCACCUAUCGUACCUGACCGACUGGGUGUUCUGCUUUCCCAAAUGAGAGCAUCCUCAGUAGUAACUAGUAAUUGAUCCACAUCCGCC